UGUCAUUUCAGUGGCUCGAUCAUACGCACAAUGAGGAACCUGACUACAGCUUUCCUUCUCUGCAGCUUCAGUUUUAUCUCUGUGUCAAUUUCUGAGUCUCAGACUGUGGAGGUCCAGUCUGGUGAAGACGUCACACUGUCGUGCUCCAACUUUUCCAGUUCAACCACUCAGAUAUACUGGUUGAGAGUGGUCAAGAGAGCCGAGCCCCGUUGUAUCGCCUUUAUGUUCAAGCCUCUUGAGCCUGCUGAAUUCUGUGAUGGAUUUCAAAAUGGCAAAUUUGAAGCAUCAUCCAACAUUUCUACUCUCUUUCUCAAAAUAAAGCAAGUGGAGUUUUCUGACUCCGGACUGUAUUUCUGUGGAUAUUACAUAACCAACAAUCCGCUUAUUGUCGUUGCAACGUAUUUAGAGGUUGAAGAGGUGUCUUAUGGAAUAACAAAGCUGAGUGUGAUCCUGGUCAGUCUGAUUAUUUUCCUCAUUAUGAUCAUCAUUUGUCUGGCUGUUAAAAUCACAAAGCGUCAUAGAGCUCAUGUUGAAGAACAGAAUCCACGAUGCACAGAGGGCUCAGAUGACCUGAACUAUGCAACAGUGACUUUUCGUCCAAAAACAACAAGGAACCACAAGCCUGCAUCAGAAGAAGGGGAGCCAAAUUCGGCCACCAGAUAGAGCGAGGAGACACCUGGACGGCAGCUUGAAGUGAAACUUGCUUUUUGUUAUUAAUACGCUGGUGUGUUUUAGUGUGGUUAGUGUUGGACCAACUUUGUGACAGAGAGU